GCCGCCAUGUCGACUAUUAUGAGGACGCUGCGCGGCUUGCGCAAGAUCGGUAUCAAGGAAUAUUUCCACCAACUGAACGAUGCAGGUGAUACCAAGGUCGGAACUUUGAUCGGCAAGGACAGGUACGGCAACAAGUACUUCGAGAACUUGGAGGAUGAGCUGCCCCUGAGGACGCGCUGGGUCGACUACAAGGACCACGAGUUUGACCCCUCCCAAAUCGAGCCUGGAUGGCACGCGUGGAUGUCGUACAUGGUCGACAAGUCGCCUGCGGCCGACCCGCUUCUCCAACGCCAAGUACGUGUCUGGGAGCCAAAAGAGCACCGCCCGACAUUGACCUGGAGUCGAUCCGGAUACAAGCCAUACAGCACUGUCAAGAACAAGUACUCAGCAUGGACACCCGUGGCCAAGCCCCGGCAGUAGAAACCGCCCUUUUAUCAAGUCAUGUACAUACUGCAAACCAAUUCAGGGAAUCCAGAGUCACAACAUCCGAUUUGCUGGGCUAGCUCUCUUUCGUUGCUAAUUAUCAUUCGCCUCAUUUCGACUCAUAUUGUUGUCGAGUCAUAGGCACCAUCGUAUCAAAGUUUAUCGAAUGCGAUAGCCCGUUGC